AAAAAAAGCCAUCUGUGAAAAUGUCAAGACGCAGUGGUCGUAUUACGCUAAAAGAUAGAAAUGAGAAUACCAUUCAUACAAUCAAGAAUACAAGAAAAAGGAAAUCGGAGUGCAGCAAAAGGAAAACGCGCAUUGCGACGGAGAAACAGAGUUAUGAAAUACAGAAUCGAUGGGCACAGGGAGGGGUCAGCCCUUGCGUCCUUGUUGAAACUCCCCACAAAGAGCUUGAGGCAGCCAGCGACCGGUCCGGUUUCAAGCAGUACAGGUUCAAAAAUCUCUUCAUCCAGCCCUCACCAUUGCCCUGUCUCAGCUGGGCCAACUCGGACGAUGUGUGGAUUAAGAUGCUGAACAAAGAACUGAAGUAUAUCCAUGACAAGAGCUUCAUGGAGCGGCAUCCAAAGCUGCAGCCAAAGAUGAGAGCUAUCCUCCUAGACUGGCUUCUGGAGGUGAGUGAGGUGUACACUCUUCAUCGGGAGACGUUCUAUCUGGCUCAGGACUUCUUUGACAGAUUCAUGCUGACGCAGGACGACAUCAGCAAAAGCCGCCUGCAGCUCAUAGGCAUCACCUCCCUCUUCAUCGCAUCCAAGACUGAGGAAAUUUACCCACCCAAACUUCAUGAUUUUGCCUACGUAACGGAUGGAGCCUGUGAUGAAGAGGAAAUUCUGGAGAUGGAGCUGAUAAUGCUGAAGGCUCUGAAUUGGGAACUCUGUCCAGUAACGGUCAUAUCAUGGCUGAAACUCUACAUCCAAAUGUCAUCUUUGAAGGAAAGCCCCAAUGUUCUCGAACCUCAGUUUUCUCAGGAGACAUAUAUACAGAUUACCCAGCUUUUAGAUUUAUGUAUACUUGAUAUCUCUGCACUGGAUUAUCAGUAUGGAGUACUUGCUGCUGCAGCUUUUUACCACUUCACCUCUAUGGAAGUAGUACAGAAAGUAUCAGGUCUGACGUGGGACAGCAUCGUGAGCUGUGUGAACUGGAUGACCCCCUUUGUGAGGACCGUGAGCGCGUGUGAUGCUGUCCGGCUGAAGGACUUCAGGAAAGUGGCCGCGGAGGACAGGCACAACAUCCAAACGCAUGUGGAUUACCUGGCGAUGCUGAAUGACGCUCAACAGAGACAGGAGCAGAGCCUGGCCAGACUGUCGCCUGCACCCCUGCAAACAGAAGAGAUCCUGACCCCACCCAACAGCACAGAGAAGCCCUCCAACCACUGAACCGGCAGCCUAUCUGCAGCGAGGCUCAGGUCAGGCCCUGCCCCCAGGAAUCCUCUCGGACCAACCAACGAGUGAUCGGAGAAUCAUUCUUGUUUUUAAAAAACUAAAACAGAAUUUUAAUGUAUUUAUAUGUAUUUUUGGUUUGAUUUUUAAGGAAUUUACUUGCAUUCAGUACUUCAAGCCAUUCCAACAUUUUGAGAUUAUUUUGAGAGUAUGCCUUUUGAUUUAAGCAAAAACAAAUUGAGGCGAUGGAUAUUGGUGUUUACUCCUGCAUAAAUAGAGUAUUACUCUCCAACUGCUUUGGGAAAUGGAGAUCCUCAAAGACUUGAAUAUUGGUAUGAUUUAAAAAAAAUUAUUUACUUGAAUUGAUAUACUCGCUUGGUAUUUGUGAAGAGAUGAAUGGGUUGUGCCAUUUAGACCAUAGAAAGGAAAAGGUCUCUACUAGGAAAGUACACUUGGUUGUAUAGUCUGUCUGCGGAGUUAUUUAUAACAAGUUAAUUGGUGCUGGCAGGAAGAUUGUCAUAUCCGGCAUACUUCACCCUGCCGCGUCUGUAUUAAACAUACUGUAUCCUCAACAUCAGAGGUCUUCAAAUUCUGUGUAGGGGGAAAAUCCAGGUUUGAAACUUAAAGCUGCAUGCAAAUUUGCUGUGGAAGACCUGAGAAAGCAACUGGCUUGAUCCUAUUGUAGGCAGUUAUGAUUUGUGUAUAAUUCUCACAAAAUGGCCAGUGAUGCGAAACCACUGCAUUUUUGUACUGUAAAUAACAUUCCUGGAAGACUUGACAUUAUUCCUGACUUUGAAGUAAAGAGUCAGUGAAACUAAACUUGUGCAGAAUUAUUACGUCAGCUAUUUAUGUCACUGUUUAUGUAGGCCUCUUCGCCACGUAGUGUCUAUAUGUAAAUGAUCUACCCAUAUGAAUUCAAAUUUCCUUUAACUUAACACUGCCAAAGGCAUAUUUAAUUCAAACUGCAUUUUAUUUAAGAUAUUGGCUUUUCUCUAGUUGUGUGAUGCAAUAUAGAAUCUGAGUGUAUUCGCAAGAGCCUAUCCAGGUUGCAUACUUCUACUUGGCGCUGACCUGGAGUACAAAGUGAACCUGGGAUGUAAAAUUUUGAGCCUUUUUAAGAGGAUGUUUUACAGAAUUGGACCUCCCUUAAGUAGGCUUAAGGUCGGUUCAAUCCAAUCCAACCGCUGUGGAUGUUUUCUUUUUCUUUUUUUUCCCUCUUCUGAGUUUUGACCAGUUCAAAGCCAUUUCUCAGGGGGUUUGACAAAGUGCAUUGCAGUUGGUACCAAUUCUGAGAUGUGAUACCCAGGCGGUCCUUGAUGGGGCAUCUGAAGUGCUACCCGCAGACCACCUGCCAGCUUAUUACUGUAAGCUACUGAGCUGCUCAAAACAGUGAAUGGUUUACAAUGAACCAUGUAAAUACAACAUGUAUUAUAUAUGUACAUAAAAAUGUACAAAUGAAUGUGUUUGAAACAUUUUAUUUUGUAAUUGAAUGUAUUAAAUGUAUAGUUCUCUAA